AUGGAGGACCAGAAGCCGAUCUCCAUAAAGGUGGAGCACGAGCCCAGCGCUUUUGGGGAACCGGAAUCAUUUCCGCUUGACCAAGAAGCCGACGUGUCCCCGCAACCUGGCGGAAGCAGCAGGAUGAAACGUGCAGAGUUGAUGGCUGAACUUCGCCGGGAGAAGAUGAGGACUAACUACACAAAUAUGCGUAGAAAAGAGCUGAAGGCCACCUUGUUGCAUUUCAAAAAGCUGAUGGCGUCCACUAAGCACCUUUCGGAGGAGCUGCGGCGAGAGAACCAGUUGCUCACGUGCCACAACCAGGAGCUGACCAGCGUGAAGGAUGCUCUGGCCACCGAGAGAGACGGACUACUGCAGCAGCUUCAAGAGGAGUUCACCAAGUGUGAGGCUCUGCGACAGCAAGUUCUGGAGCAGGAACAGUCGAAGAAUGCCAUCGUACACAGUGUUAUGCUGGAGAACGCUGAACGUGUUAAUAACUUAAACACGGAGAUCGAUGACCUCACCAACCAGCGGGACCUUUUCCACGAGAAAUAUCACGAGUUGGCGGAGAAACUGAUCACGGUGAAGAAGAAGCUGAAGAGGAUCCAGGAGGAGAACAUCUGUUCGGUUUGUCUUACGCCCUGGGAAGCAGGGGGCGCUCAUCGCUUGGUGUCCCUGAAGUGCGGCCACCUGUUCGGGGACAGAUGCAUCCGGCGGCACUUAAGGAGCGUGGCGGACUGUCCCUACUGCAAGCAGCCAGUUCGGGCUCGGGAUCUCCGCUACAUCUUCGGGUGUCACACCUUGCGGGCCAGACGUAGAGCUCAGGCUGCUCCGAGAGCUCAGUCUGCUUCGAGAGCUCAGGCUGCUCCAAGAGCUCAGGCUGCUCCGAGAGCUGAGUCUCCUCCAAGAGCUCAGUCUGCUCCAACAACUCAGGCUGUUCCGAGAGCUUAG